AGUUCCAGCAGACUCCCACUCGUCCACGAAAAACUCGCCUUCUCAAAAUCUCUCCUCCCCCCUCGUCCAGUCCAGCCCAAGCGCCGAACCAAAUCACGCCACUUAAUUUUUUUUCCGCGACGAAUCGCCUCUGGUUUUAAUCGAACGGAUCGACGCAUUAAACCACAAAUCCGAAGGGGAAAAAAAAAGGAGAGGAGGAGGAGGAGGAGGAGAGGGGAAGGGGAGGAGGCCGCCAUCCCAUUCGUUGCUAGUUCGGCGGGUCCAUUUCGACGGCGGCGGCGGCGCGCGCGCGCGCAGCGGGGAGAGGAGAGCCGAGGCGAGGAGAUCUUCGCGGGGUGAAGCUUCAAAGCCCUCCCCUCCGCCGCCGCGUCAGGUGAGGAAGCAUUUAGAAUGGUGGACAAGAACGAUGGAUCUGAAGGGCUCAAAUUCAACACAUCACACCUGAUGCAAACAACUGAAGAGGUAGCGAGAGCAUUUAUUGCUGCAGCUUCUGCAGCCACUGUACAGUCAACACGACCAUCUGUGGUGUACUCUUCCAGAGAAGAGAGUGGCAGCCCAAUGCAGAAGCUGCAACAACAAUUUUCGAAGAUCCUGAAAGGGUUUUCAACGUCACCUGAAGUGUCUGGAUCUUACAACCCGGAGGUUCUCACAACACAAAAGCGCCAGUGGUCCAGGUUCCAACUAAAGUCGCUGGGUAAUAGGUGCAUCAGAGAACCAUCACAUCUUUUCGAGAGCAUUGUGAUUGUUGGACUCCCUCCUCAGGCAGAUAUCCAUGAGCUAGAAAACAUUGCACUAGGGAGCAAUGAGGAAGAUGUAAAGAAACCGAGAAAUAUAUUCGGUAACAAUCACCACCAAGUUCAUGCAUUGUCAAAUUUGGAACCUCAGGUUCUUUUUGCAUACCCUCCAGAGAGGCCUCUACCACUCAAGUACAAGGAUAUCCUCUCGUUCUGUCUUCCUGGAGGUGUACAGGUCCAUGCGGUUGAACGGACCCCCUCAUUCAGUGAGCUGAAUGAAAUCCUCCUAGGACAGGAGCAACUUAAAGAAAGCAACCAGUCUUUCGUGUUCCGUUUACAGGUUGCUGAUGACUCUACACUAUAUGGAUGCUGCGUGUUAGUUGAAGAGAUUGUACAGAGACCUUCGAAGCUGGUUUCUAUGCUCACAAGUGAAAAACCUGUCUUUCCACGCCGGAGUCGUUAUGUAAUAACUACACCGCGAUGCUAUUGCAUCUUUUCCAGGCUCCCAUUCUUUGAACUGCACUUUGGGGUGCUACAGAGUAUUCUUAUGGAAGAGCGUCUCGAAUGGCUCACUGAUGGGGUUAGCUUGCUUACAUCAUUAUCACCUGAGGAAACCUGUGAGGAUGAUGUUGUCUGCGAAGGAACUGAACUUGCAACAGAAAAACAAUAUUUCGAUGGUCAUGCAGUAGAUCUGGAAAAAUCCUCUGAAUCAAGUGUGGGAGUUUGUUCAAAGGAGCUGUCUGACACUGACAGCAGUUCUGAAUGUAGAGAUAACCAAUUGGACUUAAACUGCAAAGAAGUUCAACAGGAAUGUGUAGUACAGGAUGAUCUUGUAACAGGAACAGCUCCUCAGUGUGAUACUCUUGAAAGGCCUGACAAUUGUUUAUCAGAAGAUACAACUGCCGAUCAAUCUGGGAUUGAGCUUCAUGAACUGGAUUCUGUACCAGUUAUCCUGAAGGAAUCUGAUACCACAGAAAAUUGUGGCUAUUCUUUACAGGAUGAUGUGAACGAUGAACAGCUUGACAUCUUUGUUAAUGAUACUAUUCUACCUCUCAUGCGCUCUCGCCUUUGUGAAGGUUCUGAAUUAUCUCCAGGUUCCCAGGACUCUCCUUCUGAAGGCAUAAAUUUCAGAAGCGAUAGCCAUGAAUCGGAUUUGGAGGAGCCAUCAUCAAUUGGUCAUGGAGACUUAGUUGGCCACAACAAUAUAUCGCAAUGGGCUAAGGCAAAAAAAUAUGGAUCUCUGCAAGUUGUUUCUCAGUACUAUCAGCUGCAGUGUCCUGCCAGGGGUUCAUCCCUUACUUUUCACCCGUUGGAUCACCUUCAUCCUCUAAGGUUUCACCGGCCAGGUGAAACAGUUCUUCAUAUUGCUGGUUCUACUAUUGAUCUGCGGUCAUGUGAUACAAGUUUAGAGGUGGCUGAGAUGCGCAAUGCGCUAUUUGCCGAGGAGGAAUCGACUGCUUUAUCAACAUGGGCUGUGGCAUCCAUUUGUGGAUGCCUCAGGUUGGAGCAUGUAAUGACACUUUUUGCUGCAGCACUGCUGGAGAAACAGAUUAUUAUUGUUUGUUCUAAUUUGGGAAUGCUUUCUGCUUCAGUUUUGUCCAUCAUACCUCUGAUACGCCCAUAUCAGUGGCAGAGUCUACUCAUACCGGUCUUGCCAAACGACAUGAUGGACUUUCUUGAUGCACCUGUUCCAUACAUAGUUGGUGUGCAGAACAAGACAUCCGAUGUACAUUCCAGGCUAGUGAACGCCGUGGUUAUUGAUGCCAACAAGAAUCAGAUCAAGUCUACUUCUGUCCCGCAACUCCCGCAGCAGAAGGAGUUGCUUUCUGCCCUGCGUCCAUACCAUUCCAGACUAGUGGGAGAGAGUUUUCUAGCAAGAAAGAGGCCCGUUUAUGAAUGUACAGAUGCCCAGGUGGAAGCUGCCAAAGGUUUCUUGGCAGUGCUUAGAUCCUACCUUGAUUCGCUGUGUUCCAACUUGAGAUCUCAUACGAUUACUAAUGUGCAAUCCAACAAUGACAAGGUUUCCUUGCUUUUAAGAGAGAGCUUCAUCGGUUCUUUCCCGACCCGUGAGAGGCCCUUUAUGAAGCUCUUUGUGGACACGCAAUUGUUCUCAGUACAUACAGACCUAGUUCUCUCCUUUUAUCAGAAGGACUAAGUCUCUUUUAAGAAUUUAACCAUCUUCAGUGAGCUGAUUUGCCAAGGUACAUUCUCUCCUUUUGUUAUGGCAAUUCUGGCAUGGAUAUUUUCUGAGGCAAUAACUGUUAAUGUUACUGCUAUACUUAGUUCCUGUGCACAAGUCUAAAGUGAUUUGUAUGUAGAAUCGAAUGGAAAUCACUUUCUCUGGCACUAUGAUGCACCUGACUUUGCUACCCUCCUGAUCAUUGUGUGGGGGAAGGAAAGUCCUAAAAGAAAAUCAUAUGUUGAUGAUUUGCAGAGUCCAGCAACCAAUUCAUGAUUAUUAGGUGUGCAGUGCAAUUAAGUGCAGUGCCUAGGUACCAAUUUUGCCUUUAUGUAUCUUGUGUGCAACUGAUCUAAUAGCAUGGUGUCUUAUUUCGGAUAUCUUUCCCUCCUUGUGAAACAGUGAAGCCGAUUAGCAUGGUGUCUUAUUUCGGACAUUUUUCCCUCCUUUUGAAACAGUGAAGCUACCAACAGUUACAGCUUGAAAGUUGAAACCUACCGCAAGUUAAAACCGUGCUCAAAUGUCCAUGAGAUAACAUUGCCUUUGAUAUUAACACUUUAUGAAAUACUCUAUCCGUCCCAGAAUAUAGCAACCUAAGACCGGACUUGACUCAACCUAGUACUAUGAAUUUGGACAUGUCUUCUGUCCAGAUUCAUAGUGCAUAGGUUGAGCCCCAUCUGAUCCAAGAUUGCUAUAUUUUCGGACGGAGGGAGUAUGUAGCCAAGUAUAUUUCGAUCCUUAGGUGUCUACUGCAUGAUGAUUUAUUCUAGUGCUCAUUUUAACUCUCUCUCUCUCUCUCUCUCUCUCUCUUUGCAUUACAGUGUUAGAUCCCGAUCUCAACUGUACAUAUUGAUCUUGAAAAGAUGAGCUGCCUUUUUAUUACAUUGGCAGCUCAACGUUGGGUUACCAAACUGUAUGGGUGUUCAUAUGUGGUUCCAAAGAAACCAUACUGAACCAGACAAAGAGUCCAGUUCAUGGCUAUGUUAAGGUACUGGCACGGCUCCCAUAAAAAUGAAUACGGCUGGUUUGGACGAAACCACCGAUGACUGUUGGAGAAAUGGUAUAUUAUUGAGAUCCAGAUAUGGAUAAUUAGCCAAAAUGAUGUUCUAGUAGUUAUACAUUAAUUUGGCAUGGCUGUUGCACACAGCUUGCCAUUUAAGAUUUUGUAGGUAGUAGUUGUCCCAUAGGAAAACCUCCCAGGUCUCUCCCUUCAACAGUGACUACUAAAUAUGUUAAUUCUGCGUUGCAAAAUGUCUGUAAUCUGAAGUGUUCAUUUUGCAGCUGUAAUGUAAUCUGUAUAUGAGGGGGAAACAAAAAUACGUACUGUUAUUUGAAGAUCGGGUUCUUUGAACCUCGAUCUGUUGAGUGAUGGCAUAGUGUAGAGAAGAGUUCGGUAUGUCCAGUAGCUUUGGAAUCUUGACAUGAAUCUUGACGGAGGAUAUUGUUAUGCUGGACGCUCA